UGAAUUUCUGUGAACAGAAAAUGUCGAAAAAUAAGUUUCACACAUUACCAAAUGUAACAACAAAUAUAAUUGAAGUGAAAUCAAAGUUUGAUGCCGAAUUCCGACGAUUUGGUAUAAAACGCAGCGAUGAACCGCCAACAUUCGAUAGUUUCAACGGCCUACUGUGUCAAUUACAUGGCUUGAAAAAUAUCAAAUUUGUCAUACAAUAUGUUGAUCCACGCGAUCAGGGAUUACUGCCAAUCAAUAACGAUGAUAAUUUUGCACGUGCCUUGAAAACCGCCCAACCCAUUUUACGAAUUAUUGUACAACGCGAAGAGGAUUUAGAAUAUAGUAAUAAUGGCCGUAGAGCACCGUUCAGUAUCAGUCAUAUAUUGGGACAAACACCGGGUAGACCGAGAGCACCACCCAUUUCAAUGCCACACGAUUUCCGACAAGUAUCGCAAAUUAUCGAUGUCGAUAUAGUGCCGGAAACACAUCGAAGAGUGCGAUUGCUUAAGCAUGGCAGUGACAAGCCAUUGGGUUUCUAUAUACGUGAUGGAACAUCGGUGCGUGUAACAGCAAAUGGUCUGGAAAAACAGCCGGGUAUAUUUAUAUCACGUUUAGUGCCGGGUGGUUUGGCGGAAAGUACAGGCCUGCUGGCUGUUAACGAUGAAGUUAUUGAAGUGAAUGGUAUUGAAGUUGCGGGAAAGACAUUAGAUCAGGUAACCGACAUGAUGGUGGCCAAUAGCUCAAAUCUAAUCAUCACCUUUAAGCCGGCAAAUCAAAGGACCUUAACAUCUCCACGUCGCGGUUCCUUCUCGCGAACUAGUCAAUUAUCGAGCGGUUCACAUCAUACCAAUCAUACAAAUACAUCGGAUGAAUUGGAUCAGGACGAUCAAGAUGAGAUUGUCGAUAUGACAGGUAUUACGUUAGAUGAUCAACCAACAGCAGCAGCAACACAUCCACAUCAAUUGGCCACUGGUGGUGCAGUGGCCGGUGGUGCACCAAUUGUCGAGUCCCGAGAUGGUGUUUUACACCUCUGA